UGUAACUCAAGUUAACAGUCUCCUUUCUGAGCUGAAUAUACCACCUGUUAGUCAUGCCAUGCUAGACAAUAGACAGAAAGAGAUUGGCAGAGCUGUCCAAGAUGUUGCUGCAGAGUCUAUGUCUAAUGCUUUGCAGAAGGAACUGGGAAUGAUGAAUGAAGAGAUGAAUGAAAAGGGACUAGUUGUUGCUGUAGAUGCUGGAUGGCAAAAACGGGGAAGUGGAAAGACAUAUGAUAGUUUGUCAGGUCAUUGUUCCAUGGUUGGCCCUCUCUCUGGCAAAGUAUUGUCAUAUUCUGUGAGGUCAAAGAAUUGCAGAGUAUGCAGUGUAGCUGAAACAACCAACAAGAAUCCAGCAGCCCAUGAGUGCUCAAAGAACUGGGAGGGAAGUUCAAAGGCCAUGGAGGCAGAUAUGGUUAUUGAGAUGGUAGAAGAUUUACAGAAAAGUGAAGGAAUAACCAUUGACGGAAUCAUAGGAGAUGAGGAUACCACCACAAUAGCAAGAUUAAAAACUAAUGUCAAUGCUAAUAUCAAGAAGUUGUCUGAUAAAAAUCAUCUGAAGAAACUGUUUACAAACUCUUUGUUUACCUUGAAGAAAGAACAUUCAUCUCUAACUUUGUCUGUUAUAAAGUAUAUUCAAAAGUGCUUCAGUUACUCCAUAGCACAGGGAAAAGGAAAUGCUCUUCAAAUCCAAGAAGACCUCUCAUCAAUACCAUACCACAUCUUUGGAGAUCACGAACACUGCUCCGCACGGUGGUGCAAGUUCAUCGACAACCCUAACCUGCGCUACAAGUCUCUUCCACAUGGAAAACCGCUCAAAGAUAGGUUCCUUCAGGAUGAUCUCAAAGAAGUUUUCAGUUCAUAUGCAAGUCAUUCUGAUCGUCUUUCAUGUUUAGGAAGCACGCAAUCAAAUGAGAGUUUUAACAGAAUGGUGUCUGCAAAAGCCCCAAAGACCCAUCAUUACAGCUCCUCUUCAAGCCUCAGAUAUAGAGUUGCUGCGUGUGUAGCUCAGAAAAAUGAAGGUCACAGAUAUCUUAUAAAGGUGAACAAGAAAUUAGGCCUCUCUCCUGGCUACUAUACUCGAAGACAGUGCAUUCUGAGGGAUCUCCAAAGAAAACGACAGAAGGCCAUUUCAAUGACACAGAAAUUUAAAAGGAGAAGGAGAGAAUUGAAAGCCAAGAGAAUUCAAAGUCUUUCUACAAAAGAGACAAGGGAAGGCGUCAGUUAUUUGACAGGAUGUGAUCUCCACCAUGCCUCGGACAUUGAUGAAAUUCCAGCUCCAAAAACAAUUCCAAAGUAUGAUCAUCUUCCUUCAAGUCAGUUGUUAAAUGCUGAAGAGAUCUAUUUCGACUUGGAAACUACUGGACUCGCAAGGGAUUCUCAUAUUGUGCAGUUAUCUGCAGUUAGAAAUGAUGAGGUAUUCAACAAGUACAUCAUUCCAAAAAAACCAAUGACAUCAAAAGCUACAGAAAUAACUGGAAUACAAGUAGUCAACAAUAAAAUGUACCACAAUCAUGAGGAAGUUGAGACAGUCAGCAUUAAAGAUGCUCUGAUCCAGUUUAUGGACUUCAUGAAGAUGUCGGGUCCAGAUGUUGUUCUAGUUGGGCAUAACUCUAAAGUGUUUGACCUUCCUGUGCUCUUCAACAUUUUGAGUAAACUAAACAUUUUGGAGACAUUUUCAUCUGCAGUCACUGGCUUCAUUGAUACAAUUCCUCUUUUCAAAAUGUCACAUCCAAACCUUUCGUCAUACUCGCAGUUACACCUCUUUGCAGAAAUUCUACAAGACAAAUACAGUGCGCAUGACUCAUUACAGGAUGUCAUAGCCUUGAAGAGAUUGGUCGAUCAUACAGGACCCUCCCAUGAAGUCAAAGUUGCUGCAUCCUUCACCUUGAACUCUGCCGUUGCCGUGUUUCAUCACAAGAACACAACAAAGCAUCUAAUGAGUACACUAGGGCCUUUAUUGGACCAAAAGGUAAUUUCGAAUGGAAUGGGAAAUAAGAUUGCCGGCAGUGGACUCUCCUUAUCCCACUUACAACUUGCAUAUCAGAGAAAUGGUAGGGAGGGAGUGCAGGAUGUGCUGUCAGAGAUAGCUGAUAAUAGUGUGCGUGUGACAAAAUCUAAAAAAAAUCAUUGAUUCUGUUGCAGAUUAUUUCAGGUCUGAGCAGUAAUGCAGUUAUUUGUUUGUGAAUGUAUGAUGUUCUUUGUAUGUUAUUGUUUGUUUGUUUGUUUUACGUCCCUUUGAGAAUUUUUCACUCAAAUUGGAACCCCACGAGUUGUUGAUGUACUAGUAAUGCCCCCGCUCUGAGCACUGAUGUGAAUAUACCCUCUGAUGUGAAUAUACACAAGUUCAGCUAUGGACAGACACAGGAAUAAACAGGAAGUUGACACUGGAUUCGUACAAAAAUGAAUCCCACCAAAUGGCAUGCCUAAACAAAGAGUGUGCUAAGAUUUCAAACAUCUCCGAUGAGUAGUUGCUGAGAAAACUGUGACGAAAAUUUGUUAUGCAUGGUAUUGACAGACGCACAGAUAAACAGGAAGUUGAAAUUGGAUUCGUACAAAAUAAAUCUUACUAUAUGGCAUGCCUAAACAAAGUGAGUGUUAAAACUUCAAGUAUCUGCUAUAAGUGGUUGCUGAGAAAACUGCGACAAAAAUUUGUUAUGGACAGACAGACACACAAGGAUAAAACAGUAUAUACUCCCUCUCCUUCGGAGUGGGGGUAUAAUUAUGCAAUGCACUGUUGUAUAUGAAACAUGUUUCAAUGUCUAGUGUUAUUGGUAGUUUGUAGUUGAACAAAACAUUUUCUUUCCAUUCAAAAUAAAUCCAAUUUAGAAACUGAAUUGACAAUGAUUUAUUGACCAUACAUGAGAAUCUAAAUUCUGUUCAUUGAUAUUUAUUGAAGAAAGCUAUGUGCAUAAAUUGAAAUAUGCACAAAUGAAUAUGAAAGGACAUACUGCAAAUGUAUAUUGUGCAUGCACUAUACUUGGUGGUGAUUAAUUUUUCAACAAGUCAAGCUAGGUUUGAUUUUGGCACAUUUCUGAUUGUGUACCAAUAAAUA